AUGGCGACUUCUACAUCCACAGUCGAGCUGCAGCCAUUGUCGGUCCCCGGGAGGACGAAGCAGAUCGGCCCCGCGCCCAACGACGACGCCGCUCUUCGCCCAGACUUCUUCGCCGGCGACGGCCAGAGACUCGUCGACGAGUGCGCUGCGGCGCCGGACAACGAUGCCCCAGCGGGAGCCGUGUCGGCGUUGCAGCAAUGGAAUAACCCCAGCGGCAACGUGUUUCGGCUCGUCGCGUGCUUCUGGUGUUUCCUGGUGAUGGGCGCCAACGACGCAGCCUACGGACCUCUUCUUCAAUCUCUCAUCAGCUACUACGACCUGACCUAUACCGUCGUCUCGCUCGUCUUCCUGUCGCCGUUCGCCGGCUACGUCGGCUCCGCGCUGCUCAACAACUACCUGCACCUGCGCGUCGGCCAGCGCGGCGUGGCCGCCCUCGGCGCCGCGAGCCACAUCAUCGCGUACGUCAUAAUCGCGACGCACCCGCCCUUUGUCGCCCUCAUCUUCGCUUUCAUGCUCGCCGGCUUCGGCAACGGCAUCAACGACGCCGCGUGGAACGCCUGGGUCGGCAACCUCGACCGCUCCAGCGAGCUGCUCGGCUUCCUGCAUGCCUUCUACGGCGUGGGAGGCGUCAUCAGCCCGUUCAUCUCGACUGCCAUGAUCACCAAGGGCGGCCUCCCUUGGUACACGUUCUACUACCUCAUGAUUGGCAUCGCUGGAGUGGAACUGGUGGCGAUGACGGUGGCGUUCUGGAAGUCCACUGGGGCCGUCUACCGCGCCGGUCACCGAGAGUCCCAGCGGUCGCACACCGGAAAAGAGACUGGCCUUGAUGAGGCCCUAUUCCAGAAGCCAGCAGCGCGCAUCUCGUGGGUCUCUGCGCUCUUCCUUCUCUGCUAUGUCGGUGUCGAAGUGGCUCUCGGCGGCUGGAUCGUGACUUUCAUGAGCAAAGUUCGCAAGCAAGACGACUUCUCCAGUGGCAUGUCGGCAGCUGGCUUUUGGCUUGGCAUCACGUUUGGCCGUGCCAUUUUGGGCUUUGUGAGUCCUCGGAUCGGUGUCAAGCUGGCCAUCUCGAUUUACAUUGGCUGCGCUGCAGCGUUGGAGCUCGUAUUCUGGCUUGUGCCACAAUUCAUUGUCUCUGCCGUUGCGGUAUCACUGCAAGGCUUCUUCCUGGGGCCCAUGUUUCCUGGAGCCGUUCUGGUCGCCAGCAAGCUGCUCCCGAAGCACCUACAUGUAGUGGUGAUUGGCUUCGCCGCAGCGUUUGGCGGAUGCGGUGCAGCGAUUUUGCCCUUUGUGACGGGUCUACUUGUGCAAGGGUCAGGACCGACUGUUCUGCAACCUAUUAUUCUUGCUCUGUUGGUGGUGAUGCUGGUUGUCUGGCUGCUUCUGCCACGAAUCGACAAGAAGCGCGACUGA